UCCCCAAAAUGUCGAAUUCGGAGCUGUUUGACGUGUAAUGUAAAUUGUAACAUAUUUUUUCUACUAAAGUAUGAUUUAAGUAGUCUAAAUAGUUUUACUCCAAAUAACUGUGACAAGUGUAAGACAACUCUCUACUUAACGUAACAUAAGGACAAGGCAAAAGUGGUCCGAUGAGGUUCAGAUGUGGAACAAGUAGUUUACCUUCUCUGUAGCAUUUUUGUCGUCUGUAUACAACCCACCCUCGUUUCGCUCCAUCCAGGCUGCGAUGGGAUUACUAAUUUCAAAAAUAUGGAGUCUCUUCGGGAACGAAGAGCACAAGUUGGUGUUAGUGGGGUUGGACAAUGCAGGCAAGACUACCAUCCUGUACCAGCUGCUGCUGGGUGAGGCGGUUCACACGCGGCCCACAAUCGGCUCUAAUGUAGAAGAGGUUGUUUGGAAAAACCUGCGGUUUGUCAUGUGGGACCUGGGUGGGCAACAGAGCUUGCGCUCUGCUUGGAACACAUACUACACUAAUAGCGAGUUCGUGAUAAUGGUGAUCGACUCGACGGACCGGCAGCGGCUGGGCAUCAGCCGCGAGGAGCUGCACCGCAUGCUGGCGCACGAGGAGCUCGGCCGCGCGUGUCUACUCGUCUACGCCAACAAACAGGACGUGAAAGGUUCAAUGAGCGCAGCUGAAAUAUCUGAGCAACUGGAUCUGACGUCUAUCAAGCAACAUCCGUGGCACAUACAGGCGUGCUGCGCACUCACCGGAGAGGGGUUACAUUUAGGGCUCGAGUGGAUCGCGAGUCGGAUAAAAAAGAAAUGAUAGGCCACUGGUGAAGAUGAUGCGUUAUAUAGGUACUUAUAUUGUUAACUUUUUAAUUAAGUACUAUCUAUUAGGACCGGAUGACAAGAUUCCUUACGUAACGCAAGGAAAUGGUAUCUAAAUAAGAGGAUAUAACAAAGAAAGCCAGACCCAUGCAUAUAAUUCCCAAUAUUUGUAAACAAAGUGGAAAAUAACUUUUAAAGUUUGUGAGCGUCAGGAUGGCGGGUGGACCUCGGCGAUUUCAACGAAAUAUUUAUAAACAUAUUGUACCUUCAGUGUACCUCCUGUACCUUUAAUAAAACCACUGUACCUCUCCCUAAAACGAGAUAUUUAACAUAAAAGGUCCACCCGCCAUUCUGACGUUAGGAUGACGGGUGGACCUAUGAAAUCUUGCAUUAUAUCGCACUCUGUGUAAACUUUCAUUACAAAUCAGUAUAUCUAUCCCUAAAACGAGCUAGGCUCAAAACAAGGUCCACCCGCCAACCUGACGUCAGGUUGGCGGGUGGACCAAUGAAAUCUUGCAUUAUUUCACGCGAAAUACAUGUAUUUGUAGUGUACCUAGCUCCGUAAACUUUUAUUAGAAAUCUGUAUAUAUAUAUAUAUAUAUCCCUAAAACGAGCUAGGCUCAAAACAAGGUUCGCCCGCCAUCCUGACGUCAGGUUGGCGGUGGACCUAUGAAAUCUUGCAUUAAUUCACGCGAAAUGUGUGUAUUUGUACCUCCGUACUUUUAUUAGAAAUCGGCAUAUCUAUCCCUAAAACGAGCGAGGCUCAAAACAAGGGCCGACGAAUUCUGACUCCCGCCUCGUUGCGAAUAUUGCAUAUUGCACCCAAACUAUGCAUCCACCCGCCAUCCUGACGCUCACCAAAGUUUUCCGUGACAUUAUAACUUGCAAAUAUAAUAUGUUAAGUUUGUAUUGAAAAACUACCUGUUAUUUUCGUCAGCAUCACUGGAUUCGGCGUAGGAUGUCUGUCAAAACAUACUUUUAAUUAUAAAUUUUGUUCAAGUUUAAUCUUUCGUCGAAGUGGUAUAAUGCAUCUGUUCCAGCUCUGAGGCUUGAUCGAGUUUAACACCGAAGUUCUGUGUAGAGCAAAUAAAUAUUAUAGGACAUUAUUACUCAAUUUGACGAAGUCCCGCAGUAUGCUCAAUAAGGCUUCUGUUAUGGGUACUUAGACAACAAUAUUAUAUGAUAUAUAAAUACUUAAAUACAUAGAAAACGCCCAUGACUCAGGAACAGAUAUCCGUGUUCAUCACACGAAUAAAUGCCCUUACAAGGAUUCGAACCCGGGACCAUCGGCUUCAUAUGCAGGGUCACUACCUACUAGGCCAGACAGGUCGUCAAA